CUUUUCGACUUUAUUUAAACGGAUCACAGAAUCAAGAAUAGAGAAUUCAUUCCACUCGGCAGUGCCCGAAAUGGACAAGAAUCGCCACCCGGAAGAAGAAAGCGGAACUCAAAACUUUCUUGAUUUCAGCCGGACACAUAUUUUGGUUUCACCGGUUCGUCCUCGUCCUCAGCAGGCGGCAUGCUAGCAUCUGAAUGCUAAGAGGCUAACCCGGGAGCUAAACUCGCCAAGCAGGACAAACUUGGUUCGAUCGCUCCCCGGCGGUCGUCCGCGUUAGCCGGCGCCAUGCAGGCCGACUUUCGGCCUCCCCGGCGUCGGUGCCGGGUAUACGAAGAGUACGCGGCGCCGUUCCCCGUGAGCCGAAGUUCGCCGAGGAGGAGAAGCGCAUCGAGACCGACGACGAGCUGCUUCCGGGCGGACCUCGUCAACCGACACGUGCUGGUCACGGAGCCCGAGCACGUCAGCGAGAUUUACAACCGGGGAUAUUUCGGGAAAGCCGUCCUGUCCAGGGCCCGACCGGAGCGUUUCCUCUCCGAACGACGGCAGCAAGUCGAAGGCUUUCUGCUUCCUGUCAUCACACAGCACAGGUACGAGGAGCUGCUCGGGUGGGCGGAGUCGGCGCUCCUGUCUCGGGGCUUGGCCGAUGAAGCUGUCAAUCAAACGCUGCUCCGACUCCGUCGGCCGGUGCGCUUGGACGACGUGAGGCGUGAAGCGGAAGAUGCCGACGGGGACGCUCAAGCGCGCCCCCGCGUGGACUUCGGUCCCGAACUGAGUCACAGUUCAGAUUGUGAGCCGAGUUCCGGCCCGGCCCCCGACCGAGGAUCUGUCUCGGACUGCGAUUCUGACCUGGAUGACGGUUCUUUAGUUCCGGGCCCGGGAUUUGUCGUUGUGGCUUCCGACGCCGACGACCGCGUCGCCGUGGAGACGCAUCAGCUGAGACGGAAUCCUUUACGGCUGAGCGAAUACCUGCAACUGGGCCUGGAGGAGGCCUUCUUCCUGGUCUACAGCCUGGGCUGCCUGUCCGUCCACCUGGAGCAGGAGCCCCUGUCGGUCGCGCAGCUGUGGCGGCGCUUCGUCUCUCUGCGGCCCGACUUCGUCAGCGCUUACGCGGCGUACCACCACUUCCGCAGCAGGGGGUGGGUCCCCAAGGGAGGCAGCGGCGCCAAGUACGGCGUGGACAUGUUGCUGUAUAGGAAAGGUCCUCCUUUCUACCACGCAAGUUAUUCCGUGGUGGUGGAAAAAGUGGACGAGGAUUUUGCCGGUUCAACGCUGCGUCCGUUUUCCUGGCGUUCUCUGGCAACUUUGAGCAGAAUCACCGACAACGUCUCCAAGGUGACGACGGCCGCGCCGAGAGAACAAAAGAAAAAAAGCAAAGCGCGUUUGUCGCUCCGCCCGCAGGAGCUGCUGCUCUGUUACGUCGUCCUUCCGGCCGACCUGUCCGAGACCGAGCUGGACUCGCCCGCGUGUCUGAGCAAGCUGAAAGUUCAGGUAACGCCGUCGGGGGUGGCGGUGACGACGUCGCGUGAGAAAAUACCGUCAGGCCUCGCCGAUCGGCCGAUUGCCGCCAGCCGUCUCCCUCAUUUUUUUUGUGGUGAUUAUUUUUCCUUACGGACUAACAGGACGUCACUCGCGCGCCAGAAAAGAAGCGUGCGGAGGAGACGUGGCAGCGGUUCACACUUGAAAACGUAAAUGCAAUUUCACGUCAGGUCUGAAAUAAUUGUAAUGCCUCCACAGGGGGCAGGAUAGAGGAAAUACUGGAAUUAUCCAUAAAGCUUCACAUUUUUUCAGACUUUACGUCCUAAAAACCUCCGCAAUCAACAACGAACUGCACAUUUUUUGGGGGGGUUCUAUGAUUUUUUUUUAUCACCCCCCCCCCCCACACACACACUACCCCAAACGUAUAACGUCCAUUGUAGUCCAUCAUUUGAAACUUCUCAUGAAAAAAGUGUACAAUAAAGGCCUUCGCGUGAGAAUUGUUGUAUCAAAUUGUUUAUUGCGUAUGUAUAUCCGUAGCAGCGUUCAUUUUGAUGGCUUUUUUUUUCAAAGGAUAUUCAAGUAUUUCGGCAUUAGAACUUGCAAGUUGCCCGGACCACUCGAAACAAAUUUUCCACUUUUGACGGUUGCUUUGUUUUCGUUGUUGACUUGAUGGCGACAAAGCAAUUUUUUUGGGCUUUGCGCUGUAAACAAUUUUGUUGUUCUUCUUUUUCUGGCUCCUUUUCAGUUUCGCUCAGCGAUGGAAAGGAACUGGAACGGUUUUGUUGCAGUCUUUGGACUUUCGGGGCAAACGAGUCUACUGUUCGGGAUUUGGGACUCUUCAUUUGCUCUUGAGUGACGUUUUCCGUGUGUGCGCAGGUGGUCCUGGUC